AUGCCGAAACACAAGAAGAGCUCUUCAGUGAGGCAUGCGAGAGAAGAUAAAUCUUCUCAUAGAUACCACUCUCGAAAAGGAAAAUCGCGUGUUCGUUCGCGUUCGAGAGAAACAUCGCGUAUCCGCUCUUCGGAUAGGAGAGUUGCGCCAAGAGAUGUUUCCUCUCGCCGAUCGGAAUCUCGAGAAAGCCUUAGAGAUAUCCUGGAGCGGAUUCAUAGGCUUAUUUCAGAUCGAGACGUCGGACAUAACCUACAACCGCAAAAUCAGACUCAAGAGGUUAGGCGGCCGGCGGAGGUUUUUUCGGACUCAGAAGAGUCUCAAGCGGCGAUUUCUGUGGCUACGCCACUUGCCUUAGAGCAAAGCUCUGAAGAACAGACGGUCGCACAGGCGGACCGGGGCUCUGUACCAGCUUCACUACCAGAUGUUGAGAUCGAAAACGAUGACCUUCAGCCUGCUAGUAGUGUGUUCUUUGCCGACCCGCUUACUCAUGAGGUUCAGAAUCUUCAGGAUCCUGGCUCUGUACCAGAGGCGAUGGUCAGCGAUUUGUUUGGGAGUGCUGAACCACCUUCCACAUCUCCCAUCUGGAAUGCUACCGUUCUAAAUUCCAUCCAGACGGAGUCCAGAAGUGGGCUAAAUGCCGACGUUCGUUCUAGCUUAUUGUCUAGGUACGAAAUAAAGGGAGAUCUUGCGACGCUAGCGCCACCAAAGCUUAAUAAGGAACUCGUUCCUGCUCUAACUCCCUCCAUUAUUAAGAGGGAUGAGUAUCAGUUGCUCUUGCAAACACAACUGUGUGCCUGUCUUAAUGCUUUUGGCUCGGGCAUAUCUGUUUUAUUAAAACCGACUGUUUUGCAAAGCUUAGACGACGAAGCAAAGUCGGUUCUGAAGUUCUUCGCAGAAGGGAUUCACUUACUCUCCGACCUCCAGUAUCGCCUUUCACUGACCAGAAGAGCCUUCACUAAGCCUUCCUUGAACAUCCUCGGUAAGAAUGCAGCAGAGAUGGCUCCGAUUGACGAUUUUUUAUUUGGACAGAAUUUCGCGGAAACCCUUAAGGCAGCACAGGCUUGCGAAAGGACUGGCCGUGAAUUAUCAAGGUUAACAGCACCAAUAGGGAAAAGGACAAUAGGGAAAAGGACAGCACAAUAGG